AUGCCAGAAAAAGUGCUCGAUUUAUUUGAUCAAAUGAAUAUCCAACCUGAUCAAGUUGUUUUCAAUACUCUAUUUAGUGCUUGUGCUCGUGUUGCUAAUGAUCGUGCUAAAGAAAUUGGAAGAAAACUUCUUCAUCAAAUGCCUAAACAGUUUCAUAAUGAUAUUGUUUUACUCAAUUCAGCAAUAGAUAUGUUAAUGAAGUUUGGUGAUGUUGAAAAUGCUGAAAAUUUUUUCCAAACGAUGAAGAAAAAUAUCAUUACAUAUGGUGCUAUGAUGAAAGGAUACGUGGAAAAUAAUAUGAAUGAUAAAGCAUUAGAUUUAUUUGAACAAAUGCCAUUGAAUCCCAACAAUGUGAUUCAUAUCAUUGUUUUCAAUGCUUGUGCACAAAUUUUGAAUGGUCGUGGUGAAGAAAUUGGAAGAAAACUUCUUCAUCAAAUACCUAAACAUUUUCAUAAUGACAAUGUUUUACUCACUUCAGCAAUAGAUAUGUUAAUGAAGUUUGGUGAUGUUCAAAGUGCCGAGAAGCUAUUUCGAACGAUCAAGAAAAAAAUGUUGUGA